GAGCCCGACGUCACCUCCGUCACACCGACGCCGCAGAGAAACACACCGAGUGAACUGUGCAGUUGUACUUGUGGCUGUCGGCUGCGGUUAUGGACCACAUAAAAGAUGGCUGGUUCACGGAGCUGUGCACGCUAUGGCCGGGCCAAGCGAUGAGCCUGCAGGUCGAGGAGGUGCUCUAUCACAAGAAGUCCUCGUUUCAAGAUGUUAUGGUUUUCAAGAGUAAAACCUACGGUAACGUCUUGGUGCUGGAUGGUGUGAUUCAGUGCACAGAGAGAGAUGAGUUUGCCUAUCAAGAGAUGAUUGCUAACCUCCCGCUGUGCAGCCAUCCUUGCCCUAAGAAGGUUCUGAUUAUUGGUGGUGGCGAUGGCGGUGUGCUGAGAGAAGUGGUGAAGAAUCCACUGGUGGAAUCUGUGGUGCUGUGUGAGAUAGAUGAGGACGUCAUUAACGUAUCCAAGAAGUUCCUCCCGGGGAUGGCCAAAGGGUUUUUCAACCCCAAGCUCACCCUUCAUGUUGGAGAUGGCUUUGAAUUCAUGAAGCAGAACCAGGAUGCCUUCGACGUCAUUAUAACUGAUUCCUCAGAUCCAGUCGGACCUGCUGAGAGUUUGUUCAAGGAGUCUUACUAUCAGCUGAUGAAGGCAGCAUUGCGAAACGGUGGAAUUCUUUGCUCCCAGGGAGAGUGUCAGUGGCUCCAUUUGGAGCUGAUAAAGGAGAUGCAGACUUUCUGCAAGACCCUAUUCCCUGUGGUGGACUAUGCAUACAGCACCAUCCCAACUUAUCCCAGCGGCCAAAUUGGAUUCAUGCUCUGCAGUAAAAAUCCUGAAACUAAUUUCAAGGAACCAGUGAAAGCUCUGGCCAAAGAAGAAAUGGAAAAUAUGAACCUUAAAUAUUACAACCCUGAAAUUCACAAAGCAUCAUUCGUCCUCCCUGAGUUUGCAAGAAAGGUGCUCUGUGAAGCAUGACCAGCAGUGACAGACCACCAUGUUCAUCCUCUACCUGGCCCUCAUACGACAGAUCAACAACCUUUUUCUACGGCCUCUCCACCUCCUCAACACAGUCCAGCUCCUCUGAAGCUGCCUCCUAAAAGAAUUUGUGCAGUGGCCUCUCAUAAUCAGUGGGUGGAAACUUGUUGAUUUAUACAGACAAAGUUAUAGUUUGUUCCCUUCCUUCCAGCACGCUCCCUGUGUUUAUUUAUUUUUCCUCAUGUAUUUGAACAUUCAUUUUUACUCUGUAAUUGUCAUAUCAAAGUUUUGUGAAGAGCUAUUUGAUGGGCGGGGCUGAGUGGAAAGAGCAUUGUCAUCAAACCUGACCUCACUCUGGAACAUUGUAUUGUUUAUUGGAUUCAUUGCACAUAUGUUAUGCAAAAUAUUACAUACCAUAUAGAGUAUGUACAUGUAAUGCAUUUUUAUUUGUGAUAUCAUAUUGUGCUGAUAGGAAAAUACAGUGACCAUUUGUUACUACACUAUAUUCAGAAUAAUGUGUCCUCUACACACAAUUGAUCCAUUUAUUUGUUCGUAUCAUGGUCAGAAUCCAUCAAUAUUCAUUUAUGAGUUUAACACAAACAAAUCAAGUACUUUGUACUUAACAUUUUAUGGAAGUAUCAAAAAUAGCAAUGGAAAAAAACAGGUAGUGGACUGAUUGAGAUUUUUGGAUAUUCAGAUCAAUUCAAUUUUAGGGACCAGGAAGUUGAUUGUCUUUGUAUUUGAUAAAUGUGCAACAAAUACAUUUGGUUGAUGGCUGCACCUAAUUUACUCUAAUGAAUAUAAGCUUAGAACAACAUCGACAACUGACAAAAUUGACAACACAAGAUUCUACACACUGUACCUCUAAGUCACCGAAAUUAUUGAAACAAAAUACAUCCUGUGUCUUGUAAACAGGAAAUAAUUUCACACUAGUCAAGACUUAAUGAUGACUUAAUGACAAAUGUGAUGUUUGUAUUGAUGCUCUAACUCAUUCAUCAAAUCAGGUACGGUCAUGGCUCAAGUGUAUUUGGCGCUAGUUAAAUGGUGAAGUCAGUAACCUCCUGCUUGCACAAAAUCAACAUCUGUCCGUUCAAAGUUAUUUUUGACUUGAGCAUAAAUUUAACAAUUAAAAACAACCCAUCAUUGGAUAUUAUUGUGAACCUCAGUUAUUAAUAAAGUAACAAACAGCAUUUAGUUUUUGUCAUUUCGAAUGCUGGGUUGAAUAUGAAAAGAAUGAAUAAUUCUCAGAUUAUGAUCCUUCUAGUGCCUGAAAAUGGUUGUUGUUGAAAACGGAAUUUUUUAUCCUUGUGUCUAUCGUAGUGUACCAGGCAGAUAUUGAUGAGUAUUCAUUCUGGACGAAAGCUCAAAUGUCAUGAGUUGAGAAAAUUGUCUCUAAAAUAUCAUGAACUUCAAAUGAGGUAAAUCGAAUUGAUGCUCUUUGAUCAUUUAACAUGGAAUACUGUAAUGUUGGUAAAAGAACAUGAAAUAUGGUGUUGGAGCUUUGCAAUGCAAGAAAUAUCUUUUAACGGUGAUUCAUUAUGCAAUGAUAACUUGCAGUAUUGGGUAUUGACCACUGAUGGUAAGCUUGUAAACCAAUGUGUUUUACUGCAGGAUGCUUUUAAUUUCUCUCAAUGGAAAUCUCAUGUCUCCGUGUGGUUUAUUUGUUUGUUGAACUAAUGUCAAACAUCUUCACUUAAUAUCUGUUACUUUUAAUUCCACGAGGAAUGAGAAACUGGGCCAUACCUGAAAAAGAGUCUGUUUUUAUAAUAAUUAUGAACUGUAAUAAAUUGAACAUAAAAUGGUUCUGUUUGUAUCCAUC